CUUACUUUCUAUGUUAAAAGAUUUCUAAAAAUUUUAGAUUGUGAAUCAACAAGAGAAAAUUGAUAAUGAAUGUUUUAAAUGUUUUACAAUCAAUCAUGAUUCAACAAUUUUGAUUGGGUGUAGUACAUGGACACUCAUAUAUAUCUAUUCAAUCUUAAAAGAUGGUCAGCUAAUUAAUACAUAAAAGAUAUUAGAUUAAGAAUUAUUACUUAUCAAUUAAGUCAAAUUUAUGAGUUCAGGCAAAACAUUCAUAACUAUGGGGUAUGGUAUAAGUUUUUGGACAUUAAAUGAAAACAACGUUUGGGAAAAAGGGAAUAUUAUUUAAUUAGAAGUAAGAAUAUCAUAUCUUAUAUUCACCAAAGAUGAAAAAAAAAUAAUAGUUUCUUUAGAGGGAUCUUUAUAAUUUUGGAGUAAGGAAAAGUAAACCUAAUAAUGGAAAACCUAGUAUUAAUUAAAUUUAAAUGAAAAAACCACUAGUAUGAGUUUAAAUGAAUCAGAAAAAGAAUUAGUUAUUGGAAUGGAAGGAUUAAUACUUUUAGCAAGAUGUUUCAAUAAUUAUAAAUGGCAUUUCUGUUACAAAAUAAAAACACUAAGUUGUUCAAUAUGGAAGAUGGUUACUUUUUUAGAUUAAAGUAUGUUUGUAUCCCAACCAAGCAAUUAUGAAAAUUUAAGCCAAUAUCAAUGGAAUAAGUGGGAUCAGAAAUUGAUUAGAGUAAUUAAAAUAGGAUUAGGAAGGUUAGCUGAUUUGAGUCGUGAAAAUUCUAUCAGUUUUGAAAAGGAGGGACAAUUAUUGUUUCAUAAAUUUCAUAAAACAUUACGAAUAUUUAGUUUUCAUAAUAGAGAAUUAGUGUUAUAGUAAUCGAUAACAUUUAGUAGUUGUGAACAUAAUUUUUAUAAUUCCAGAGAUUGUAGAUUCUUGAUAGUAAGGAAUGGUAGAGGAAUAGGGUUUUCUACUUGGCAUAGAUGACUAUCAUAUAAUGGAUAGAAAAUUGUGAAUGUUUUUAUUAGAAUGAAUAUUAUGAUAUGGGAUAUAUAUUAAAUAGG